AUGACUUUAAAAGAGAAAUUAGCCCUAUUAAAAACUGAAUUCACUAACUUAAAAACCAAGAUUACCACUAAAUUAACCCACAAAGAACAAGUGAUUACUGAAAAAAAUACUAAACUUCAAGAGAGUAAUCGUAAAGUUGAAGAAAUCACUAAAGAAAACAGUGAAAAUGAAAAAGUUCUAACCCAAUUAUUAAAGGAGUUUAAGGAGUUAGGAGAAAGUAUUCCUGAGCAGAUAGUAGCCAAUCGCCUUAAACAUGUCCGUAAUUUCUUAAAAGUCAAAGAAGAUGGCACCACCGAAAGAGUAGGGAAUAUCGAGACCCAAGUAUCUCCGAAUCUUAGUUACAACAUUUUUGGAAGAACAUUCUCAGCUAGUGAAAUGGUGGUUUUGUUGUGA